AUGUCCAGCACGCCACACGACCCCUUCUAUUCUUCUCCUUUCGGCCCAUUUUAUAGGAGACACACACCCUACAUGGUGCAGCCAGAGUACCGAAUCUAUGAGAUGAACAAGAGACUGCAGUCUCGCACGGAGGAUAGUGACAACCUCUGGUGGGAUGCAUUUGCCACAGAGUUUUUUGAAGACGAUGCCACAUUAACCCUUUCAUUUUGUUUGGAAGAUGGACCAAAGCGAUACACUAUCGGCAGGACCCUCAUCCCCCGUUACUUUAGCACUGUGUUUGAAGGAGGAGUGACCGACUUGUAUUACAUUCUCAAACACUCGAAAGAGUCAUACCACAACUCAUCCAUCACGGUGGACUGCGACCAGUGUGCCAUGGUCACCCAACAUGGGAAGCCCAUGUUUACCAAGGUAUGUACAGAAGGCAGAUUGAUCUUGGAGUUCACCUUUGAUGAUCUCAUGAGAAUAAAAACAUGGCACUUUACCAUUAGACAAUACAGAGAGUUAGUCCCAAGAAGCAUUCUAGCCAUGCAUGUAAAAGAACCCCAAAUUGUCUUAGAAGGUCUUUCAAAGCAGAUAAGUCCACUUCAUGAAACACCAAUAUCUUUGAACUCCUUGCAGUUGUGUGUAAUACUGGAGCCAAUGCAGGAACUGAUGUCAAGACAUAAAACCUACAACCUCAGUCCACGUGACUGCCUGAAGACCUGCUUGUUCCAGAAGUGGCAGCGGAUGGUGGCACCCCCAGCAGAACCCACAAGGCAACCGACCACGAAACGGAGAAAAAGGAAAAACUCGACCAGCAGUACUUCCAAUAGCAGUGCUGGGAACAAUGCAAACAGCACUGGCAGCAAGAAGAAGACCCCAGCUGCAAACCUGAGUCUGUCCAGUCAGGUACCUGAUGUGAUGGUGGUAGGAGAGCCAACUCUGAUGGGAGGAGAGUUUGGGGACGAGGACGAAAGGCUAAUCACUAGAUUAGAAAACACGCAGUAUGAUGCGGCCAACGGCAUGGACGACGAGGAGGACUUCAACAAUUCACCCGCCCUGGGGAACAGCAGCCCUUGGAACAGUAAACCACCUACCACUCAAGAGACCAAAUCAGAAAACCCCCCACCCCAAGCUUCCCAGUAA